GAGGAGGAGGAGGAGGAGGAGGGAAAAGAUAAUUAAGUCAAAGAAUUACGUAAGAGUGACAAUUUCGCGUGGCCGGUGCAGGGUGAGGCAGGGUGGCCUAGAGACAGGUAGUACGAGGCAGGAGGGACUGAGGAUACCUCGUGGGAGGAGCCGGAGGAGGAGGAGGGUACGCAGGAGGGUAGGGAUCGGGAGGGAGGGGGAGGGGAGGGGCGUCAGGUAGCAAGGCGCCCGGGAAGGCAGCCACGCCCACGGGGAAGAAAGACGGGCUGCGAUUGGUCCCGAGCUUUCCUUCGGUACGGCGACCGACCAAUGGCACCACGAGUUAACCCGCUUGAAAAAUUAAUUGGUUCGAAUCUGAGGCUAGACACUCCCCUUGUACUGGUAGCAUUAACUCCCAGACAUAAUGUAUAAAAGAGCUUGUCAAUCUUGCAUCAGCUCUUACCGUGAACCUGAUAGUGUGUGGACGCAGCGUGGCGGAGCCCAGUAACAGUAACAUGCCGUGGAAGCGUCUGGCCCUCGUGCUGCUACUCAUGCUGCUGCAGGCGGCGGCCACCGAGGCGCGGGCUCAGAGGAACAACAAAAGCAAAAGGCGGAUACAGCAUCAACAGCACGAUAAAAUUCGAACAACAGCGAGUGAGUUCGUUAGGAUGACACGGCCGCCGGCGGGGGGCACCGCACACACGGCCAACACAGCCACGGGCAGGCAGCCCCCGCCUUUGCAGCCCCCGCAGCACGACACCCAUCGGCAGAGGCACUCAGGCCCCCGCAGGAACCGCCCCUCCCAAUCCCAACAUGCGACCCAACGCCACAACCAACAUCAGCCGCAGGCGGCAGAGAACGAGUGCCCGACUUGCACCCAGCGUGAAAUGCGAAAGAACUUGAGGCUGGCGCAGAUCAAAGACCGUGUCCUGACGGCCACGGGACUCGGGACCCCACCCAACAUGACCGGCGUAGUGAUCUCGAGCAACCCUGACGUGCAGGGCAUUAUCGAGGGUAUGAAAUCGGCAGUGCCCAUGCCCAGCAACGAGCCAAUCUAUAACCCUGACGAGCCGGAUGUCAAAACGGAAACGAUUUUCGUUCCCGUUGAACAAGUUCCGUCAAACUUAAAAAUUCCCGAGGGCACGGAUGUCCUCUACUUCAGACUAAAUGACACCGUGGUCGGGAGCAGGCCGAGCCGAGCAAUACUGCACAUGUUCCUCAAGCCCAGUGACACCAGAACAGCAGACACGGCGAGCCAGGUACAAGUGCCUGCCUCGCUCAUUAAGGCGUCCGUGUCUGUGUUCAAGGUAGCCAGACCCAGACGCGCAGGUGGAAACAUACAAAAGACGGCAGUGACCCAGAUGAUGGAGACGUACAAUCCGGAUAAGGGCAACUGGGUCAAAGUCGAAGUGUAUUCACUGCUGCAAGAGUGGCUGACGAGGCCGGAGGAUAACCUAGGCGUGGUGGUGGAGGCUCGAGACACGCAGGGGAAUCAAGUGGCUGUCACCGACCCCUGGGAGAUCGAGGAGACGAAGGACAAAAUACCCCUUCUUGAGAUCCACACGGAGGACGCCAACCGGAGGAACCGGAGGAACAGUGCGGGCUCCCAGUGCGUCAACAGGAACGACUCGCGGUGUUGCCGCUACGCUCUGACCGUCGAUUUCGUGGACAUGGGCUGGGACUUCAUCGUGGCGCCAAAGGUGUACGAGGCAAACUUCUGCAAUGGCGAGUGUCCCUUCCUGUACGCCCAAAAGUACGCCCACACCUCCCUCAUCCAGAAGAUGAACAGCUCCGCCCAGCAUGGUCCCUGCUGCGGCGCGCGGAAGUUGUCGCCUAUGAAGAUGCUCUACUACGACCACGACCAUCAGAUCAAAUUUGAUAUCAUCCAGGACAUGGUGGUGGAUCACUGCGGCUGCACCUAAGGCGGGGGCCCCCGACCCUGCCCCGCUCCGCCCCGCCCCGCCCUUCUCUAAUAAGCGUCUGUGAUGGAGAGUACGUACUAGGUUUUCUAUAAGGAUGUAGCUUACCCCUAAAACCCCCACCCCGUGUCCUCACGCCCCGCCACGUCUGUCCCUCCAGCCUCAAUGUGUCCAGCCCCUGUGAGUGCCCCGCGUUGCACCGCAUUGCCCUGCGCCCCGGGGCUCGCUAGAGGUGACAAGCUGAGCUGCUGUUAUUGUUGUUGUUGUUGUUGUUGCUGCCGCUGCUGCUGCCGCCGCUGCCCUCCCGGCCACGUCCCCGCAGACAGGUGUGUGGAGGGUCGGGGGGAGGGGGAGCAGGUGAUGCACACGACCAGUGCAAUGAGUGUACCACACUGCCUCGGCCUCGCCUUUACCGCCCCCCUACCACUGACCCCGGCCCUCGCUCCUGCUGUUCCCUCCCCACGCUGCCGCCUUGCUGCCCCACUGGCUGCUGUCUCCCGCCCCGCCGCCCUGCAGGAUGCUACAAGUCCUCGACCGGACAGCGACGUCCCAGGGGCGGGCGCGUCUGGCCAAGACGGGCCUGGGCUGGGGCGGGCUGACCAUCACUGCUCAACGCCCCGCCGCUGCCCUGGCUGCUUGUAGCCCCUCCUCCGAUGAGCGGUGAGGUUAUGAGGCGGAGAGUAUCCCCGGGGAUGGGAUGGGGGCAGCAACCCCCCCCUGUCACCUUGCCCAGCAUACCCCCCACAGCGGGUGCCACGUGAUUCAGACAGCCAGACAGACGAAUGAACAGACGGACUGCCAGAUCCACUCCGCCCGCCCCCACCCAGCAGAGCUUCAUAACACACACACGCGGCGCAUCGCCCCUCCCCCUCCCUCCCACUCCCACGUAGCGUUAAUUAAUGAAGAGCUUGUGUCCGUAGCGCGCCCUGCCGUGUUCGCUAGUCUGGAGGGGCGGAGGGGAUGGAGGAGGGGGCACGCAGGACCCCCCUCCCUUUCCCCGCCAACCCCGUCAACUCACCUGUGUGUGUGAGAGAGAGAGUGUGUGUGUGUGUGUGUGUGUGUGUGUGUGUGUGUGUGUGUGUAGACACACAGGUGUGGUGGGUCAAGAUUACCUAUCGUGAAAUAUUUCGUUAAGGUGUGCAGGUGACACACUUACCUGCGUGACGGCAUCAAGUGAGAUAGUAUACAGUGUGUGUGUGUGUGUGUGUGUGUGUGUGUGUGUGUGUGUGUGUGUGUGUGUGUGUGUGUGUGUGUGUGUGUGUGUGUGUGUGUGUGUAAAUAUAUAUUAGCUUUAUGGAAAAUAAAACUAACAAAAAAAGUCUUUCGGUCAUCACCACGCUGGAGACAAGUUUGCCGUGAACGAUAACUUUUGGAGAGGCAGGAAAAAUGAACAACAUUUAUAGGCGAUUUUUGCAAGUUGAUAACAAAAGCUGACAUCCUCCUUCCCUUCACACCCACCCACACCCUCACCCAUACACACACACACACACACACACACACACACACACACACACACACACACACACACACGGAGCUUAUUGGUGCAGUGGUUAGCGCGCUAGCCUCACAAACGAAAGGUCCCGGGUUGAUUCCCGGGCAGAGUGGAAAAGGAUGGGCAGUCUCCCUUAAUGCGUGCCUCUUGUCCACCCGGCAGUGAAUGGGCACCCGGUGUCAGUCAGGGAUUGUGUCCCGCCUCCCGGGUGUGUGUGACGGUGAGGUUUCAGCCGCACCCAGAUAUCGCUCAUUAGUGAGCAUGCUCAUUCAGAGACGGUACUGGCUGGCGAUCGCGAGUCUAUCGCAUGGGUACAUCAUGGUGAAUGAGACACACACACACACACACACACACACACACACACACACACACACUCGACCUUCAAGUCCACUCAUAACCCCCACCAUCACCAUACCGUCACCACAUCUCUCAUUCUAGCCACACCGCCACCAUUGCCACCACCACCUCCACCAUCACCAACCCUCGCGACCGUCACCGCCACCAUCAAGCAUUCAACACCACACUCAUCAUCCCCACAAACACACGAACAAACACCCAUCAUCCAUCUUACAUAUGAGAUGAAAAAUAAAAAAGCAAAAACAAAAAGUAGAGGUAAAUAAUAAUUAGAGUCAUCAUACCUUUUAGCAGUAAUAAUGAUAAUAAUAAUAAUGAUAGCAGUAACAAUAAUUAAUAAUAUAUGCUUAAUAACAACGAAAAAGUGAUUGAUAAUACCACCCAUAUACGUAAUUAGUUUUAUAUCUAUCAGUCAUUCUACCUAUCAAUCUAUCCUACUGUCUUUCUAUGUCUUUAUCUACCUGUUCACCCGGUCUAUCCAUCUAUUAUGAUAUACAGUUUUUGUAAUUCAACAUGUACUUACUCAACCACCUUAUUAGGUUAACAAACGUCACUUAUUUCACCACGAUGCUGAACUCGCUUUUACUUUUGUUUCAAUCUGACUUGCGGCAAUAAGGAAGAUACAUUAAGGUGGAGAGAGAGAGAGAGAGAGAGAGAGAGAGAGAGAGAGAGAGAGAGAGAGAGAGAGAGAGAGAGAGAGAGAGAGAGAGAGAGAGAGAGAGAGAGAAUUCAGAGAUUUACAGGACAUUGACCGACAGACAACCAAAAUAAGACGAAACACACACACACACACACACACACACACACACACACACACACACACACACACACAUUUCAUUAACACUUACAUGGAGCUGGUUCGCCUUAUGAAGAUUUCUGAAAAGAUACAACAAUAAUAAUGAUAGUAAUAAUAAUAACAAUAAUUAUAAUAAUAAUAUUACAAUAAUAUUAACAAAAAUAAUAGAUGGUAAUGAUCAAAAUAAUAAUAAAAUAAUAAUAAUAACAAUCAUAAAAAUAAUAAUAAUCAUAUGAUAGAAACAAUAAUGAUAAAAAUAUUAAUAAAUGAUAAUAAUAAUAAUAAUUAUAAUAACAAUAAAAAUAAUAUUAAAAAAUAAUAAUAGUAGCUACUAUUAUCGUUCGGCCCCUCAACUGACACCCUCAAUGGAAAAAAAUAACUUAUAACAAUCAUCUUCAGAAACUGUUUUCCGAUUUCAACAGAACAGGAAAUUCAGAUAAGGAAGUGUAAAAAUUUAAAGAUUGAUCUCUGCGACUAUACUCCUCCGCGACCACGUUGCCCUGACGGCGUCCCGCACCCAUCAGACCACCCUUUUGAAAGUGUAUAGCUUGUCCAUUUAGCACUUUAACUCUCGCCCGUUUGAUAUAGUUUAACCCGCUUAGUACUUCCAAUUCUAAUAACUUCAUACUGGUAGUCAUAUUCUAUACACUAUUACAAUUGAGCUAAUUUUGGAAAUAGCGGUCUUGUGCAUUUAGCACUUUCUUCCCUACACAUUUGAUAGUGAUAGUAUUAUUGAUUUAAUGCUUCCAUUCUUACCCAUUUAAUUCAACCAGUCCUAUUCGCUUAACACUUUCAGUUUUAUCCACUGAAAAGUGUCCGUGUUGUCCAUGUACCCUUUCACUCUUGCCCAAGUGACAUUAUACCACUCUCGCCACUUUCACCUCAAUAACAACUGCCUGAUAGUAAUUACAACAGCCGCCACGCAGGCGCACCUCUACCUGUACCACCUAAUCAUUAUGCACACAGGCACAUUCAGGCUUGGAAUAAUUAUAUUUUUGUUUACCACUUAAAGGAAAAAAUAUAAAAAAUUAUGGAUCAGUCACAACUCCUAAACACACACACACACACACACACACACACACACACACACACACAGAGUGUGGCAGUUUGCACGCUCGCCUCACAAGCGAGAGGUCCCGGAAUCGACACCCCGGAGGAGUGAAAACGACUAAACAGUCUCCUUUAGUCCCUGUCGUCCGUCCAGCAGUGACUGGGUGCCGGGCGUCAGGCGGGGGUUGUGACCCGCCUCCCGAGCGUGCGUGGAAUGAUGUGAGGUCCAAGCCGUGUCCAAAGACCCGUGACUAUGUGUCUCCACGCUCAAAGCAUGGAGGGUUAUGGCUGGCGAUCGCAGGUCCAGCACGUGAUUAGAACAUGGUGAACAACACAACCCCCCCCCCCCCCCCACACACACACAAAUAGCAACGUACCCAAACACAUACAUAUAUUUCAAACCUAACCACACCAUUUCUGUUACACUUUUUAGUGAAUGAGUGAGUGAGUGAGUGUGUGUGUGUGUGUGUGUGUGUGUGUGUGUGUGUGUGUGUGUGUGUGAAUGUGUGAAUUCUUGUAGUGUCAAUUUCAGUAUUAUUUUUAUCAUAAUUAUUAUUAUUAUUAUUAUUAUUAUUAUUAUUAUUAUUAUUAUUAUUAUUAUAAUUAUUAUUAUUAUUAUCAUUAUUUUUAUAUUAGUCAUUAUUUCUUAUCAUAAUCAUUAUUAUGAUCAUUAUUAUUAUCAUUCGCAAUAUUUCGAUUAUCAUAUUUUUAUUGUUACUAGCAAGCACAGACAAUUUUUUUUUUUUUAAGGUUUCAGAAGCUCCUUAAAAAUUAAGCACUAAAAAAAAGAGAAAACAAUCCAGACAAUUGUAAAAAAAAGUGACAAUCAAAAAAAAACACAAACAUUGCAUUUUUUUCCGCAUCACGUAAAAAAAUAUAUUUAUAAAUAAAAACUAAAAAAAUCGUACUUCUCGAAAAUUAUAAAACGUCCGCAACAUAGAUGUAAGGGAAUCAAAAUUUUGUAAAUAUUAGCAGUAGGAAGACAGGCCAGGGAAAGGAGGAAGGCUCAGUUGAAAAGGAAUGUGGCCAAGUAAGGAAAAAAACAACAAUGUGAAAAGGAAAGUGAAAGAAAGGAAAAAACAGAUGAAAAAUAAUUCAGAAAAGAGAAAAUUGAAAAUGUGUUAAUGCUGCUGUUGCUGAUGAUUAUGAUGAUGAUGAUGAUAGUGAUGAUGAAGAUGAAGAUAAUGCUGCUGCUGCUGAUGGUGGUGGUGGUGGUAGUGAUGAUAAUGCUGAUGAUAUUGACAAUGAAAGAAAAAUAUGGAAGAAAAAGGUAAUGAGAGAUAGAGAGGGAAAGGAAAAGAAAUUAAGAAUGGACAAGAAGACGUAAGGAGGAAGAGGUAGACAAGUUAAAAGGAACAAGAAUUAAAAGGAGGAAAAUAGUGUAGACAAUUUUAUGAAAUAAUCGUGGAGUGGAAAAAAAAACAUAACGAGGACAGAAGCAGCAAUGUUUCCUUUAAGCAAAACAAAUAUGAAAGGUCUCCUUAUAUUCAUCUUUUUCUCUAAAAAUUAUCAAAAAUGUGAAAAAAUAUAUAUGAAAAAAACGUAUGAUAUGA